GUGUUGCAAAGCGAGAGUUUACAUUGACAGCAGAUAUGGUAUCAGGUAGGAUGGUAUGUCGGAACAUGCUGUGCUUGCUGGCCUUUCUGGCUUUUUCUUUGGCUGAUGGCUCCCAAUUGCAGGUGAUGUCUGCCCCCAACUUGUUGCGGGUAGGAACGGCAGAAAAAAUCUUUGUGGAGUGUCAAGACUGCACAGGAGGAGACAUUCCUGUCGAAAUCAUUGUGAUGAACCAUCCGACUAAAACCACAAGACUGGCAAACACAACUGUGACCCUCACUAGCGCACAAGGUUUCCAGGCACUUGGAGAAAUAACCAUCCCUGUUGGUGACUUCAGUAAGGAUCCCAACAUUAAACAGUAUGUGUACCUGCAAGCACAGUUUCCUGGCCGACUGCUGGAGAAAAUCGUCUUAGUGUCCUUCCAAUCUGGAUACAUCUUCAUCCAGACUGACAAGACCCUCUACACCCCCAACAGCAAAGUUCUUUACAGGAUGUUUGCUUUGACACCCCAUAUGGAGCCUGUAGAGACUUCUGUUGACAUUGAGAUUGUGACCCCUGAAGGUAUCAUUUUACCACUUGAUGUAGUCUCUCUGAGAUCAGGGAUCUAUUCUGGAGAUUACCAACUUUCUGAACUUGUAAGUUCUGGACUGUGGAAGGUGGUGGCAAAAUUCCACAGCCAUCCACAGCAGAGCUACUCUGCUGAGUUUAAGGUUAAAGAAUAUGUGCUGCCUAGUUUGGAGGUGAAACUGAUGCCCAUGGACUCCUUCUUCUAUGUGGACAGUCAAGAGCUCAGCAUCACCAUCAAAGCUGAUUAUGUAACUGGUGAAAAUGUGGAUGGAAUGGCCUAUGUGAUAUUUGGAGUUAUUCAUCAGAAUAAAAAAAAUAGCUUUCCAAGUUCUCUUCAGAGAGUGGCGAUCCAGAGAGGUAUAGGAGCAGUCACACUGAGGAGAGAGCACAUCACACAAACCUUUCCAAACAUCCUUCAGCUGGUGGGGACUUCUAUAUAUGUGUCUGUCAGUGUUCUGACAAAGAGAAGUAAUGAAAUGGUGGAUGCAGAGUUAAGAAAUAUCAGGAUUGUCACAUCACCGUACACCAUCCACUUCAGGAGAACGCCCACAUACUUCAAACCAGGAAUGUCCUUUGAUGUUACGGUUGAAGUUGUGAAUCCCGAUGACUCUCCUGCACAAGGUGUUGCAGUAGUGGUUGAUCCAGGCCAGGUGCGAGGCUUCACUGCAGCCAAUGGCUUGGCAAGGCUUACCAUCAAUACACAGGCUGGGACUAACAGACUGACGAUCACUGCAAAGACCGAUGAUCCUCGUAUUACACGUGAAAAGCAAGCAACAGCCACCAUGGAAGCUCUCCCAUAUAAGACCAGAAACAACAACUACAUUCACAUAGGUGUGGAUACAGCCGAGCUGAAAUUAGGAGACAACCUGAAAGUCAGCGUCAUCUUUGGAAGGCAGCAAAACAGUGACAUCACAUACCUGAUAAUGAGCAAAGGUCAGCUGGUGAAAAAUGAACGUUACAAGACAAGAGGCCAAAUACUGAUUUCCCAGAAAGUUCUCAUAACCAAAGAAUUGCUGCCAUCGUUCCGCAUCAUAGCCUACUUCCAUACAGAUGAUAACGAAGUGGUAGCAGACUCUGUUUGGGUGGAUGUCAAGGACUCCUGCAUGGGCUCGUUGAGGUUGGAAUCCUUGAGGCCCGCUCCAUCAUAUAGACCUCACAAGAUGUUUGGUCUGAAGAUCACUGGAGAUCCAGAAGCCAUCGUGGGAAUGGUGGCAGUUGACAAAAGCGUCUAUGUCCUAAACAACAAGCACCGCCUCACCCAGAAAAAGAUGUGGGACAUUAUAGAAAAGUACGACACAGGCUGCACACCAGGUGGAGGGAAGGACAGCAUGAGUGUGUUCUAUGAUGCUGGGCUGUUGUUCGAGUCCAGUGCUUCUGGGACUCCCUACAGACUAGAUUUAAAGUGUCCAGCCCCCAGCAGAAGAAAACGAAGUGAUGAGGACGACAUGGCAUAUCUUGACAGCUAUGAAAUUGUUUCCCGCACCAAGUUCCCUGAAAGUUGGCUGUGGGCAGAUAUCCACCUGCUUGCCUGCCCUCGACAAACACCAAACUGUCAAACUACAUCAUCUGUGAAAAAUGUUCCUUUACCAGAUUCAAUUACAACCUGGCAGUUCACUGGCAUUAGUCUGUCAAGAACUCACGGUAUCUGUGUGGCUGAUCCAUUAGAGGUCAUUGUCCGGAAGGACUUCUUCAUUGAUCUCAGACUUCCGUACUCUGCUGUCCGCGGAGAGCAGAUAGAAGUUAAGGCAAUCCUCCAUAACUACAGCCCUGAUGAAAUCACUGUCCGUGUGGAUCUGACUGAGGCAGAGCAUGUGUGCAGUGUAGCCUCUAAACAUGGAAGGUAUCGUCAGGAAGUCAGAGUUGGGGCCAAAACUACACUAUCUGUACCCUUUAUCAUUAUUCCGAUGAGGUAUGGACAAAAUGACAUUGAGGUCAAAGCAGCUGUUAAAGACUUAUUGCUCGACGAUGGAAUCAGGAAGAUGCUGCGGGUGGUGCCUGAAGGUGUAUUAAUAAAAUCCUCUAAGAUUCUAAUACUGAACCCUGCUGAGAAAGGUGUUGCCGGUAAACAAGAUGAAUUUAUCAACAGUGGAAUUCCUUUGAAAGAUUUGGUUCCAAACGCACCUGCGACAACACAAAUUUAUCUGACAGGAAGAGAGCAAAUAAGUGCACUGGUGGAGAACGCCAUUAGUGGGAACUCUAUGGGUACUCUGAUCAGACAGCCCUCAGGCUCUGGAGAGCAGAACAUGAUCCACAUGACUAUGUCCGUCAUUGCAACUACAUAUUUGGACAAAACCAACCAGUGGGAAACUGUGGGCUUGGAAAAACGUAAUGAAGCCCUCCAACACAUCAAUAGGGGCUACCAUAAUGAGCUUUCCUACCGUAAACAUGAUGGGUCUUUUGCUCCAUUUCCCAGUUACCAAAGUAGCACGUGGUUGACAGCUUAUGUUGCCAAAGUGUUUGCCAUGGCCAGCAGACUGGUGCAACUGCAGACCAGCAUCAUCUGUGACGCCAUCAAGUUUCUGAUUGUAAACACACAACAACCUGAUGGCAUGUUUAGAGAAGUUGGAAGGGUGAACCAUGGAGAGAUGAUUGGUGACGUGCUGGGCACAGAUUCAGAUGCCUCCAUGACGGCCUUCUGUCUCAUUGCCAUGCAGGAGUCACGCCCACUCUGUGCUGCCACUGUUAACAGUUUACCAAACAGCAUAGACAAAGCAGUGGCCUACCUGGAGAGGCGCCUGCCCAGCCUCACCAACCCAUACGCUGUUGCCGUGACAUCAUACGCUCUGGCCAAUGAAAACAAACUGAACCGGGAGAUCCUUUACAGAUUCGCUUCCCCAGAGUUGUCCCACUGGCCAGUACCUAAAGGAAACAUUUACACACUGGAGGCCACAGCUUAUGCUCUUCUUGCUCUGGUCAAAACCAAGGCCUUUAAAGAUGCCAGAUCUGUGGUCCGAUGGUUCAGCCAACAGCAGAGGGUGGGCGGAGGCUAUGGGUCAACUCAGGCUACUAUGAUGGUGUACCAGGCUGUUGCUGAGUACUGGGCUGUUACAGAACUACAGUAUAAUCUGGAUGUGUCUAUUUUUAUGCCAGGCGUGUCAAGACUCUCUCGGUACAACUUCAACAUAAACAACCAACAUACUUCGAGAAUAUUUAAAUUCAACGGUAUAAACAAGGAUGUAAACGUGAGUGCCACAGGACAUGGAGAAGCAACGCUGACAAUGGUGUCACAUUAUUACGCACUGCCUAGAGAAAAGGAGAGUGACUGUCAGAAGUUUAACUUGUCAGUGCAGCUCAUCCCAGAGAAAACUGAUGAUGAUGAGAAGAUAUACAAGCUGAAUAUUGAGGUUUUCUUUAAGGACAAAGUGCGUGAUGCAACCAUGUCAGUCUUGGAUAUUGGCUUGUUAACUGGCUUCACUGUGAACAUAAAUGACCUACAGUUGAUGUCCAGAAGACAUGGCUCCCCCGUCGCAAGGUACGAGGUGAACACAGACACAGAAAGAAGCUCACUCAUCAUGUACUUGAACAAGGUUUCUCACACGCGACCCGAGGAGAUCGCUUUUAGGAUCCAUCAGAGGCUGAAAGUGGGGCUCUUGCAACCAGCUGCUGUGUCUGUCUAUGAAUACUAUGAACAGACACCUUGUGUGAAAUUCUACCAUCCAGAGAGGGAACAUGGAGAGCUACUGCGGCUCUGUAGAAAUGAUGAAUGCACAUGUGCUGAGGAGAACUGUAGUAUGCAAAGAAAAGGCAAAAUCACCCAUGAUGAGCGCUUAAACAAAGUCAGCGAGACCACACAGACCAGCCGAAUAGAUUUUGUGUACAAAGUCAAUGUGGAAAAUUUGACACAUGAUUUGUCCACUGACAUUUACACAGUGCGGAUAGUGGAAGUCAUUAAGGAAGAAAGCUAUGAUGGGAGUCUUCCGGGUAAAAUGUGCACCUUCCUCAGUUCUCCGCACUGUAGAGAAGCUUUAGAUCUGAGAAAAGGCAAAACCUACCUAAUUAUGGGUGCAUCCGAAGGACUUCACAAAGAUGAAGCGAGUCAAUCGUGUCAGUAUGUACUCAUUGAGAAAACCUGGAUCGAGUACUGGCCCACUGAAGAGGAGUGUCAGACUAAGGAACACCUUCAGACCUGCCUCAGCAUGAAAGAGCUGGCCAUGACCUGCGCUUUGUUUGGAUGUCCAACUCAAGUUGAAACUGAAUAAAAUAAUCAAAUGCAGUUUUAAACGAUUAGAUAUGGAACGUAGAACUCACAAUAUUACAGUAUAUUUUGUUGAUUCAAAUGUAAUAGUCAUUGUUGAGGUCCUGACAUCACAGCUUUACUGAUAGGCAGAAAGUGCUACUGUCUCGCUUCUGAUAGCUUUUUAAAGCACAUUUCCAUAAUGCCAGGCACACAAAUGAGCUUAAAGCAAUAAUAUUUCAACAUUCUUAUACUAAAUGUUUCCUCCUUCCUGUAUGCUUUGCUGUACAAGUGUUGCAAGUCAGAUUUUAAAAUUGUCAUGAAUCACUCACUAUAAUGA